CUAAUAAGACUCGGAUCAUGAAUGGAUGAGGUAUGGUAGAAUCCUCGUCAUGCCGAAGAGCAUUGCAAGUGGACUGUUUACAGAGGAGGUCUUUUCAUGUGGUUUUAUGUGCCUCCACAGCCCAUGGGUGGGUCUCAUUUGAGUCUUUUUUGGAUGGUGAUGUUGUACUGAGGGACUACGAGGCAAAGCAAAAGGGAGCUCUGUUCUGCUCAGAGGAAAUGGGCGUUCUCCUUGGAAAGUUUGGAUGGAGUAACUGAAAAAAAUAAAGGGGGUGUGGCAAGACUAGAAAGGAGAGGACCACCAAGAGGGGCACAAUGUUGUAGAGUGGUGAAACUGCUCCUGAGAUCUGAUUCAGAGGAACAGGCAAUAGCCGAGGGAAUUGAAAAUGGCAUACCUGCUAAUGUUUGUGACCCUGCUGCAUCUCAUCACACUGGCAAUGCUGUUCAUUGCAACCAUGGAGAAGUCUUGGUGGGUGUGGGAUGGCAUGGAGAACUCAGACCUAUGGUACAACUGUAGGUUUGACAACGUCACAGGAACCUGGUUGUGUGCAUCCUCCAAAGAAACUGAGUGGCUUCAGGCAGUGCAGGUCCUGAUGGUUCUCUCAGUGGUCUUCUCUUCUGUCUCCUUCUUGGUGUUCCUGGGUCAACUGUUCACCAUGUCUAAGGGUGGACUCUUCUACUUCACUGGGCUGUGUCAAGUCUUUGCAGGGCUGACCGCCUUUUCUGCAGCUCUCAUCUACACAUUACACAAUAAGGAAAUCCUUCAGGACUCCAGGGAACGGACUUCAGGACACUUUGGCUACUGCUUCAUCCUGGCCUGGGUGUGUGUCCCUUUGCUGCUGUUUAGUGGGGUCAUAUACAUCCACUUGCGUAAGAAAGAGUGACCAGAAAGAGGAAAUCAAUGUCAGCAACAGUAUUGGAACAAAAUUAAUUAAAUUGACUUGAUUCUUGGUAAACAGAAAUGCUAAUUUUGCAGCAGUCAGAGUCACAAUUGCCUAUGUUAUGAUUUUUGCUCAGGCUUCAGUUGAUGUGAUUAUGUUUUUGAAUUGCAGAUACAUGUAUGGGACAAUUAUCAGGAAAUAAUGGGUUAUCUCUUUAGCAAACAUUGUGUCCUCAAUAUCAAUCCAAUAUAUAAUGCUCACCUUCUGUUUUAAUAUAGGUUUUUGUUGUCCACUGUUGUCCUGUGUUGACCCAGGAAGGCAAAUACCAAAGCAGCAUUAUGCAUUUUCUAUUAGUGCUGUAGGGCUUAUGAUGCAUUUGAAUUGCUUUGAAUUUUCCCUAGAGCAAACUGGAAAUAUAUAUAUUUUUGUACCUAAAGCUGAUAUGUAAAAUAUAUUCUGUAGCUGCUUUUACUAAAUAUCACACGAAGAAACAGAAUGUGUACAAGUUAAUUUUCGUUUUUGAUGAUAAUAAAUUGCACAUUUCAUACCAAA